AUGGUAGCCUGCCAGGCUUCUCUGUCUAUGGGAUUUCCCAGGCACAAAUACUGGAUUGGGUUGCCAUUUCCUUCUCCAGUGGACAACAAGAGCAACACACGAAUAGAUUUGUUUCCUUCCCAGGAAUAUCAGACCAGAGGCGUGAGAGCAGCAGCCAUGUCAGCGGAACUGGAGACCUCAGAGGGGCUGGAUGAGCCGGAGAAAAAGAUCUCUGGGGCCCCAGAGAAGGACAACCACAGCAGGAUGGCAGACCUUUCUGAGCUCCUGAAGGAAGGCACCAAGGAAUCACAUGACCGGGCGGAAAACACCCAGUUUGUCAAGGACUUCUUGAAAGGCAACAUCAGGAAGGAGCUGUUUAAGCUGGCCACCACCGCGCUGUACUUCACAUACUCGGCCUUGGAGGAGGAGAUCGACCGGAACAAGGACCACCCAGCCUUUGCCCCCUUGUACUUCCCCAUGGAGCUACACCGGAAGAAGGCGCUGAUCAGGGACAUGGAGUAUCUCUAUGGCGAGCACUGGGAGGAGCAGGCAAAGUGCUCCGAGGCCACCCGGAAGUAUGUGGAGCGGAUCCACGAGGUGGGACAGAAUGAACCAGAGCUGCUGGUGGCCCACGCCUACACCCGCUACAUGGGGGACCUCUCGGGGGGCCAGGUGCUGAAGAAGGUGGCCCAGCGGGCCCUGAAACUCCCCAGCACAGGGGAAGGGACCCAGUUCUACCUGUUUGAGAAUGUGGACAACGCACAGCAGUUCAAGCAGUUGUACCGGGCCAGGAUGAAUGCCCUUGACCUGAACCUGGAGACCAAAGAGAAGAUCGUGGAGGAGGCCAACAAGGCCUUCGAGUUCAACAUGCAGGUAUUCAAUGAACUGGACCAGGCUGGCUCCUUGCUGGCCAAAGAGACCCUGGAGGACGGGCUCCCUGCGCACGAUGGGCUUCCCACGCACAGCAGACUUCCCACGCAGGACGGGCUUCCUGUGCACGACGGGAAAGGAGACGUGCGGAAGUGCCCCUACUACGCUGCUCAGCUGGACAAAGGUGCCCUGGAAGGCAGCAGCUGCCCCUUCGCAGCAGCCCUGGCCAUGCUGCGAAGGCCCAGCCUCCAGUUCCUGCUGGCCGCCAGCGUGGCCCUGGCCGCUGGCCUCCUGGCCUGGUACUCCAUGUGA